AUGAUAUCUCUGGAUCUGCAUGGUCCUCAUGUGCAGUUUUUCGUACUGACAGCAAUGCCAGCAUCUCGGAGAUUGCAUACAAAAUUAUACAGCUCUCUUCAUCCCUUUCUGGUUAAGGGUUGGGACGGAAGGCAUUCUUUUUUCUUCCAUGUUCGAAUCUUGGAUUCUGUGAUGUCAAAGGUAAUUGUGGACAAAAUAGAUGAAAACAAAGAUGGGAAAGUGACAGAGGAGGAACUGAAGAACUGGAUUCAAUUCAUCCAAAGACGCUAUAUCGUCACAGACACUGAGCGCAUGUGGAAGGAACAUGAUCUUGAUGGGGAUAAACUACAUUGGAAGUCUUAUAUGAAGAGGACAUAUGGAUACGAAGAUAGCCCAGACAAUGUUGAUUCUCCGACCUUUAGCUACAAAGAUACAAUUGAGAGAGAUCAUCGUCGAUGGGAGGCAGCUGAUACUGACAAGGAUACUAAGCUAAGCAAAGACGAAUUUGUUCACUUUCUCCAUCCUGAAGAUUCCGAUCAUAUGAGGGAUGUUGUUGUACAGGAAACAAUAGAAGAUAUUGACAAAGAUAAAGAUGGGUUCAUCAGCUUAGACGAAUACAUCAGCGAUGUUUAUGAUGAAGAUGACGAAGAUGAUGAACAUGACGAAGCCCCGCAUGAUGGGGAACCUGAUUGGGUGGUCAGUGAGCGGCAACAGUUUCAGAGUCAUCGUGACCGUAAUGGUGAUGGAAAACUGGACAAUGACGAGGUCAAAGAAUGGAUAAUGCCAGAGGAUUUUGACCAUAGUGGUGCUGAGGCCACACAUCUAGUCAACUCCGCUGAUGACAAUAGGGUUAACAUGUAUCCAAAUGAAAAUGGGGAGGAAGAACCAGAAUGGGUUAAGUCUGAGAGGACACAGUUUGAACAAUAUCGCGAUAUAGAUAAGGACGGCAAGAUGGAUAAUGAGGAAGUUAAAUCCUGGAUUGUGCCCCCUGAUUAUGAUCAUUCGGAUGCUGAGGCAAAACAUUUGAUAUACGAGGCUGACUCCGAUAAGGAUGGUGAUCUUAGCAAAGAGGAGAUUCUAGAACAUUAUGACUUAUUUGUUGGGAGUCAAGCUACAGACUUUGGUGAGGCUUUGACCAGACAUGAUGAGUUUUGAAGCUAGUCCUGACUUUAGAGACUUAGCUUUGUGUGAUUUUGACAGAACAAUUGAUGAUAAAAGCAUGUGGAGAAGAUGAGAUUGUUUCAUUUUCUCAAAAAGAAAGAAAAAAAAUGGAAUCAAUGCCAUGAUUUCACACCUUCAGAUUCAGCAUUAUUGGCAGUGAAGCAAGAUAUUUUAAAUAAUUUUGAAGUUUAAGAUGACGUUUUCAGGCAUGUUGUUUGAAGUCCUUUGAGUCCAUCCAUUUAUCCAGUUCAAAUUCUGAUCAUAAUGAUUUCUUUGUGAAAACAUCUUAUAGAAUUGUAGUUUGUUGAUCAGUAUUCAGUACCAUGAUGGUCUGGCUAUGUAUGAGACUCUCAAACCAUAUGGAAUCUCUUCAGAACUAAAAUUUUGUUUAUUUUUUAGUCUUUUACACAGCACAAAUAAUGCUUUGAAAGGCAUAAAGGUUUCGUUAUGAGAUUAUUUGGCUAUAAAACCGUUGCUAAGGUCGGAUAUCAGACUUCAUAGAAAUUACACCAAAGAUUUUGUGGAUAUUUAUUGCAUAAUGAUUGGCUUUAUUGUCAAAAUAAUAAGAUGUAUAUACAACAUUGAACUAGUAUACAAUUUUGUCCUAUGUUAUUAUUGUUUCAUGUUGAUAUGAGAAUUCAGCAUUUUCCAGUAUUGAUGAUUCAAUAUUUCAUGAAGCAUGAUCAGAAAGGACUCAAACAGUGUGUCUUUUUGAUGAAUUUAUCAAUUUGCAAACGACACCUGAAAGUGAAGUAUACGGCUGAGAAGAACUAAGCUGUAAAACGGUUGUAUAUAUAAUCACAAAUGUUCAUGUAAGAAUUGGCCCAUCUUAAUCGUGAAGAUCAUACUGAAAGGAAAAAAUCAAUACUAAAAGUCCAUAUUUCUUUCUCAAUCUAGCUGUUUUCUAAAACUGCCACAGAAAGAAGACAAGUUCAAAUGUAAGAAUGAUAGAAAAUUCAUUGUAUUUUUUGGUUUUGCCUGUGAUGGUUAUUAUGAUAGAAGCAUGAUAUACUAAACAUCAUUUGCAUUUAUAAAUGUAUAACUGUCAUCUAGUAUUUAUUUCAUGUAUAUCUUUGGCAAGAUUUCACUGGAGUUCAUGUAUUUGGUGCUUAACUGAGUUUAUACAGUAAGGGAAGAAACCACCUUCUUUGAUAUUGGUGGAAUACUGAAUUGACUUCCACAUUUUAUCAUUCAAUCACAUACAGAGAUAAAGAACUGUAUGUAUAUACAUGUAUAACCAAAGUAUCUCACCAGUUUACAGAUAGUCACAAUUAUUAAAAUGAUAUUUACUCUGAGUGGGUGUUGCAGGGAAGUGAAAUAAUGUUUGAGCAUUAAGUGUAUGAAUGUGUUAGAAUUUAUAUUUUUUCAUUUCUUGUAUAACACCGUUAAUUUGGACACUCAUAUUUUCUGGAAAAAAUGUGGAAGUAGGGAGUUUUUAGCUCACCUGGUCCGAGGAACCAGUGAACUUAUGCCAUGGUUCAGUAUCAGUCGGGUGUUCAGCAUCGGGCGUCUGUUAACUUUUUACUUAAAAUCACUAUUAGUCAUGAAUAAUUUGACCAUUUGAAAUGGAGAACAUUCUUUAAAAUUUGACUCCUUCGAUACUUGGGUAUAUAAACUAUGAAUCCCUGCCCUCCAGGCUGGAAGAAUGGGGCCCAAUAGUUCUUAAAAAUUCUUCUUCUGUACAAGGAUAUUGUCCAUGUUUGGUCUGAAGAAAUUUUUAUGAAUAGUGAAUCACUUCUGUUUGACCACAAGGCUGGUAUCCAAUAGGGAAAUUGUAUGAGAAAUUAUUUGUUAUAUUUGAAAUUCUUUAUUCAAUGACUGAACAGCUAAAUUAAGAAGGUGAAUGAUGCAGGCCCCUUGGACCACUUGUUUGAAUUAAUGUAUAAAACAGGAAUUGUUGUUUAAAGAUAUCUUGUAAUCCAAUUAUAAACUUGAAAUGAUUUUUUUUAACCAAAUUGAGAGUAAUAUCGAUUUGUGUUAUGCUUCACCAAUGUCUUCAGUCAGAUUACCAGAAGGUUCUAAGAAUUGUUGAAUGUUCUAACUUGGCAUAAUUUUUAAUACAAAUAUCAAUUAUUUUUGUUUUUAUGUUUUAGAAUUGGAAUUAAGAAACAUCACAAAUUUGACUAAAUCUAUUAUAAUGAUGUCAGUUAUGAAAUAUGAAAUUUAAAACCAUCACUAAUUUUAUUAGAUACAAUAUAAUCAGCUUUCUGAUGUUGUGAAUUAAUUUGAAGUGUUUCAAGACCUGAUGGAAAAACAUGGAUACUGUAUGCUGUUUUUGGACAUAGCAUCUCAUAUGCAGAGUAUGCAUUGUUUGAUUCUAUAAAGAAACUAUUGUACAGUAAUAUGUAGAGUGAAGUAUAUUAGUAAAAACUGAAAGUCUAAUUAUAUUUGAAAAUGUUAGCAAAGUUUACUUGUAGUUCUGAUUGUCUGUGUUCACUUUUAGGUCUGAAUUUGUCAUUUGUCCAUAAGUUAACCUGUAGUUUUAAUGGUGGAAAUUGUUCAUACACUUUUUACCUAUAGUUCUGACCUUGUAGGUUGUCAUCAAAUUUACCUCUAACUGUAAUUAUGUAAGUUGUUUAAUGACUUGUGAUGAAAUUGGCUUAAUUUAUUUAAAACUUGAUAGUAUAUCUGUUGUAAGAAGUGUCCCCAUUACUGUGCUAUAUUAGAUUCAUUACCCCUAUAACACUGCUCUGAUUUCUGUAGGUGUUAACCAAGUCUGGCUUUGAUUUCUGUGAAGAGUUAUGUAAUCACUUGGAAGCCAGUUCUGAAAAGUAUAUAUGGUUGUUCAUUUUAAGAGGCAAUGAUUUUUAUGCCCUUCCAUUCUAAGUUUCAAGUGUAGGUUUAGGGAUGGGGUGAUACGACAUGUAGUAUUAUUCAUUAUAUCUCAUCUUGUCCCAAAUUACUUAUGGUUAAAGCAGUUUUUCAUUUUAUCGUGGACAUUUGAGGAAGAUUUAUUCAAAAGCUAUAUUUGAUGAGUAUUUUCUAGGUCUAAUGCCAAGGUCCAGGUCACGGUUACUAUUUAUAUACAAUCGUGUCCUAUAAAUUUUUCAUGGUUACCCUAUAAUUACUCACUAGUUUAAGACAUUUCACCAAAUCAAGAAGAUGGAAAUAUUCAAUGAAUUAAGCAGAUUAACAGAAAACACAGAUAUAUAAUUCAUCCCAUUGUUAAGAAAUAAAAAAAAAAUGAUGUAUUUUGUGAGAUUGAAUCAUAUCACUAGUGGUUAAAGGACAGAUUCUGAUUUGUCCUAAUUAGAUUUGAUUAUCUUUACUGCAUGUACUUAGCGUUGUUUCUGGUGUAAAGCAAGCAAUUUUUUUAGGAUUUCUUGAAUUCUUAUUUUAUUAUUUUGGUUGUAUAGCAGCCAGUUCAAUGAGUUAAGUUGUUAGUAUGCAUUGUACUUAAACGAGAUCAGUCUUUACACAAGAUAGAGUACUUGAUCAGGAUUUCUUAUGUCUCCUUCUGUUGAGAUCGUGUCUACAAACACUGGAACACAGCUAUAUCUAGGCUUUAAAAUGUCACGUUUCAGUUCAAUAAACCUUGGUACUGAGUCAGAUGUUAUAAUCAAAGUAAGUGUUUAAGAGAUCUGAUAUCUAAUUUCCCUUACUGAUAUUGAAAUGAUCCAUCAGUACUUAUACUUUUACUUUAUUGAUCACCAUGAAAUUUGGUUCUUGUGUGACUGGAAAUUUGGCAAUGAAUCUCUCUAGUCUUCCAAUGGAUAUGAGUGCCUCAGUCAUAUAAAUGUUGUGUGGAGGAGUAAAACUGUUGGUUGAUGUAUCACCAAGAAUUUCAACCCUUCCUAGUCACUGUAGACUGAAUGCUUUUGGUAUGUUAUGAUCAUAUCAUAAAAAAGAGUUUAUAUUUAAACAAAAAAAUUGCACUAUUGUUAGAAAAGCCAUGGUGUCCAAAUAUUAAUUUACUAACUUUACUAACUUAUAGUUACACUUAAGGGUUCCCAUAACAUGUGUCUCUACAUGUGUAUCUCUCUUUUUUUUUGAUAGUUCCACCUGAAAAUAGGUUGAAACAUCCUUAACAGUUGAUGACUUUUUCUUAAACCUGUGUAUUAUGAAAAGGAGAUCACUUUUACAAAUUUGAUGUUUUAAGAGUGUUCCAGCUGUUUGAUGUUUGUGCUAGUUCAGUGCUAGACCUAUGUGUAUGUGUAUUCAGUACUACUUCAUUUUUUAUGUUAUGUAGAACUUUCAUAAAAAUACUCCAUUUGUGUACUUGCAGGGCCAUAAAUGUCCCUGGUAAUAAACUUGCCAGUAUGAUCAAAGAUUCUAAACUCAUCUGUAUGAUUGAUAAAAUUAUUAUACGUCUUCACUGUUGACUGUUGCUAUUAUGUUGCAGGCCACUUAGUGUGAUCAAUAUUCCUUGCCUAUUAUGUAAUUGGGUCAAUUUGAAGUAAUUACUUAUGUUACGGCAGUUUUUUAAAUGGAUUUGUUUUUGUUUUCCCCCAAGAAUUGACUAAAUUUCUAGUUCACAUCUCAAAAUCUUUUGCUGAAACAUAGAAAAUAAAAUGAUAUAAGAAACUCAUUUUGGUUAAUAAUUGUACAGAAAAUGAUGUUCCAUAAUUAGAGCUUGGUUUCUUUUAGAAAUAUUUUGUACUAGUAUCUAUAACUGUUGGCUUUACUUUGUCUAUCUAUGCUGUUUGCUAAACUGUUUGUUCAUUUAUAUUUUUUAAAUGAUUAAAGAUUGUUAAAACAUAUAUUAAA